AUGACCAAGCACCUGUUCGCCAUUGGUCUCAUUACAUUGUUAUCAGCAGCUCAUGCUUUUGCAGCAGGCGAUGAAGACGUGUUCGAGUUGCAACCCGAGAUUCACCACGCGUUUAGACCUGCAGAGUCAAUGCCGCCUACAUGGUUCUCUCAGCUAUUUUCUCUCAUUGCCCUUUCCCCAUGGAUUGUCUUGAUGGUGGGCUGGCUCGGCGUGGGUGUUACUCCUGUCAAGGUCCUCGGUCAACUGACAUCAGGAUCCAGCAGCAUGCGUCCCGUAUCCAUCAUUGCAUUUCUAGCCUCCCUUGCCUCUGUCGAAUACCUCUUUUAUCUUUAUUGGACACGUCUCAACAUUUUCGAAACCCUUAGCUACCUUGUCUUCCUACUUGCCAUCACCUUUGUCACUGGUCAACGCGCCCUUUCCCAAAUCCAGGCACAUCGAAAAUCCUCUUAA